UAUGAAGACCGUAAUUUUCCUGGCAUUGCUUGGCCUGGCCGCCGCCGAGUUCAUUGAGAUCGGCUACAAGGUGUGCAAAUCCGACGGUACCGUAUCCCAAGUAAAAGCCGACGGAUGUGAGCUCACAGUGAAGGACGGGAAGAAAGUUUGCCUGUUCAAGAAAGGAAGCCGGCCAAUUAUUCAAAUCGCGUUCAAACCAAGCAAGGACACCGACAAACUGAAGACCUCCGUGCGCGCUAAGGUUGGCGGCAGUGCUAUGGUUGACUUCCCACAAACUAACUCGGAUGCUUGUACUUAUGGUGUAAAAUGCCCAGUUUCCGCCGGCGAAAAUCAAAUCUUCGAACAAUCGAUCUCGAUCACCGAGAAUCAUCCAGCAGGGGAAGUUAUUCAAGUCAAUUGGCAGCUUACUCGUCCCGAUUCUGGAAAAGAAGUCUGCAUUAUUUUCUUGGCUGAAAUUAAGGAAUAGAUUAUUGAUUUUAUUGUAUACUUCUGAUAAUAAAGAGACUUGGAGCAUUUU